CCGCCGCCGCUGCUACUCCCCCACCCCCUCCUCCACUUUUUUCCUCUUCCCCUCUUCCUUCUUUUUGCUUUUUCUUCCUUCUUCUUCCAUCUCCUUCUUCUUCUACGUUGCGCCUCCGUCUUUCUCCCGAAGUCGUAGUCCGCCGCCGCUAGCCGCUGUAGCCGUGCUGCUCGCCUGCAACCGAACCGUGUAAAAAACGGUUUUGGUUCACCGUCGUUUAAAACCGGCGAACCGGUGAUUUGGACCGCCGGGUCGGACCGGUUGGGCAAUUCGAUAUAUAAGGCGUGCUUUAAACCUAAAACUUUCAAACUUUGUCUUCUCCGGUUGAAGCAGAGCGGCUGAGCACUCUGCCACCGCAGGCCGGCGAGGAGGAAGGAAAAUGGUGAAGGCCUACCUGAGAUACGAGGCGGCGGCGUCGUUCGGGGUGAUAGUUUCCGUUGAUUGUAAUAUUACUUAUGACAGCUCCGGCAAGCAUCUUUUGGCAGGGGCUUUGGAAAAGCUUGGAGUUUGGCACGUCCGGCAGGGGAUUUGCACCAAGACACUAGUUCCUUCUGCUUCUUCAUCUUCGCGCGGUCCGUUGCUCGCUGUUACAUCCAUAGCCUCGUCUCCUUCCACUCUGAUUGCUAGUGGCUAUGCUGAUGGUACUGUAAGAAUAUGGGACAGCGAGAAGGGAACAUGUGAAACUACUCUGAAUGGACAUAGAGGUGCUGUGACAGUUCUUCGUUAUAACAAGCUUGGAUCGUUGCUUGCCUCUGGAAGUAAGGAUUGUGACAUUAUUUUAUGGGAUGUAAUUGGUGAGGCUGGUCUCUUUCGAUUACGUGGGCACCGGGAUCAGGUUACUGAUCUCAUCUUCCUUGAUUCCAGUAAAAAGCUUGUUACUUCAUCGAAGGACAAAGUUUUGAGAGUUUGGGAUCUGGAAACACAACACUGUGUUCAGAUUGUUAGUGGUCAUCACAGUGAAAUUUGGUCAAUUGAUGUGGACCCUGAUGAAAGAUAUCUAGUCUCUGGAUCAGCAGAUCCAGAGAUUAGAUUUUUCAAAAUUAACAAUGAGUCAGCUGGUCGAAAAGGUGGACCUGAAAUAAGUGAAACUGAUGCUGACAAUGGAACUUCUUCUGUGCUGAACAAAUGGGAAGUUCUAAAACAUUUUGGUGAUAUUCAGCGUCAGAGCAAGGAUAGAGUUUCUACCAUUCAGUUCAACAAGUCUGGUAAUUUACUCGCUUGUCAGGUUGCUGGGACUACAGUGGAGAUAUUUCGUGUGUUGGACGAGUCUGAAUCCAGACAUAAAGCGAAAAGGAGAAUUAAGAGGAAGUUGAAAAAAACUACUAAAGGAAAAGAUGAUACUAUUGAAAAUGGAGACCAGCAUAUGGAUUCUGAAGAGAGUAGUGAGUUCCUUGUUACAAUCCAAGACAUCUUUAAAUCUUUUCAGGUUGUGCGAGCAAAAAAAAAGAUAUGCUCUAUAUCUUUUUGCCCCAUAACUCCAAAGAAUUCCCUGGCUACCCUAGCCUUAUCUUUAAACAACAAUUUAUUGGAAUUUUAUUCAGUUGAAGACAGUCAGGCGGCACGAAUAAGUGCUAUUGAGCUCCAGGGACAUCGUUCUGAUGUGAGAAGUGUCACUCUUAGCUCAGAUAAUACACUUUUAUUGUCGACAAGCCACAGCUCGACUAAAAUAUGGAAUCCUAGCACUGGAUCAUGCCUCAGAACAAUUGAUUCAGGAUAUGGCUUAUGUGGCUUUUUUGUCCCUGGUAAUAAGUAUGCAAUUGUUGGUACUAAAAGUGGGACUCUGGAAAUUGUCGAUGUUCGAAGUGGUACUUGUGUGGAAGUAAUAGAAGCUCACAGCGGCUCUAUACAGUCUAUAGCUCCAACUGCGGAUGGUUUUGUCACAGGAAGUGUGGACAAGGAUGUUAAAUUUUGGGAAUACCAAACUAGUGAAAAACCUGAUCAAGCUAAACAUCUGACGGCUUCUCCAGCAAAGAAUCUCAAAAUGAAUGAUGAUGUUGUAGCAGUUGCUGUGAGCCCGGAGGGUAAACACAUUGCUGUUGCCUUGUUGGAUUGCACAAUGAAGGUCUUCUACAUGGACACACUUAAAUUCUUCCUCUCCUUGUAUGGACAUAAGCUGCCUGUAUUGUGCAUGGACAUAUCUUCUGAUGGGGAUUUGAUUGUCAGUGGUUCUGCGGAUAAAAAUUUGAAGAUUUGGGGGUUGGAUUUUGGUGAUUGCCACAAGUCCCUUUUUGCUCAUGCUGAUAGUGUCAUGGCUGUUAAAUUUGUUAGAAAUACCCAUUACGUGUUCAGUGUGGGGAAGGAUCGCCUGGUUAAAUACUGGGAUGCCGACAAGUUUGAAUUGCUACUAACUCUUGAUGGCCAUCACUCUGAAAUUUGGUGUCUAGCAGUCAGCCAUCGUGGUGAUUUUCUUGUAACAGGAUCUCAUGAUAGGUCUAUUCGCCGUUGGGAUCGGACUGAAGAACCUUUCUUUAUUGAGGAAGAGAAAGAGAAAAGGCUAGAAGAGAUGUUCGAGGCUGACCUUGACAAUCCUUUUGAGAGCAAGUAUGCGCCAAAAGAGGAGCUCCCUGAGGAGGGUGCAGUUGCAUUGGCAGGGAAGAAAACUCGAGAAACAGUGACUGCAACUGAUUCUAUUAUGGAAGCAUUAGACAUUGCACAGGAGGAGCUGAAACGUCUAGCUGAACACGAGGAAGAGAAAUCAAAAGGGAGUGUUGCUGAAUUUAGGCCGAAUGUUCUGAUGCUUGGUCUUUCUCCAUCUGAUUAUGUUCUGCGUGCAGUUUCAAGUGUUCCCACCAACGAUUUGGAGCAGGCAUUGCUAGCCCUGCCAUUCUCAGAUUCCUUGAGGAUUUUGUCGUAUUUGAAAGAUUGGGUAGCUUUACCUGAUAAGGUUGAGCUCGUUUGUCGGGUUACCACUGUAUUGUUGCAAAUUCAUCAUUACCAGCUAACCUCGACUGCAUCUGCUCGACCCAUCAUUUCUAAUCUCAAAGAUGUAUUGCACACAAGGGUGAAGGAAUGCAAGGAUACAUUAGGCUUCAACUUAGCUGCAAUGGAUCAUGUGAAGCAAUUGAUGGCUGCAAAGUCCGAUGCCCCGUUCAAAGAUGCAAAAGCUAAACUGUUGCAGAUACGCGCGCAGCAAUCGCAGCGCGCCGAUGAAAAGUUGCUACCGCGGGAAGAGAAGAGGAAGAAGAAAAAGAAGCAUAAGAUCGAUAACGGACAUGUAUGGUCGUGAGCCAUUCAUAAUUGAUGUCCUCUUCUAACAACAUACUCGGAACAUCCAUUUGCUGCAGCUGUUUGGACACUGUCUUUAGUCUACGCAAAAUUUUGUUCGACUGGCCGAGGUUAGUUUCCGUUUCCUGCUGUAAAUAGAUCUUGAUGCACACAAUAGUCCUACCGUUGCAUUAUACUGGUUUUUCGCACAAUUGUUGGAGCAAGUUAGCGUUAUUUAUUUAUAGAUGGAGCUUUAAGGGGCAAUUUGACAAUUUGACAAGAAAAGGUUUUAGGACAGAAAAGAUUUUGGACAAUUUGAUGUUAGUUUGAGUAUAUUUGGAGUGUUGGCAAUGUAUGGUAUGGAUAAUUAUAUUUAUUCACUUAAAAUUUUUGGAGUUUUAUUUA